GAUCUAUCAUUUUAAGGUCUGAAGGUUUGCAGGGCCGGAACGAACGCGGCGGCAUGAUAAAACGUUUUAGGCGCAAGUAACCAGUAGCUAGCUAACGUUCAAGGUUGUAGUAGAGUAGAGGUACUUGUUUUCGUUAUAUCUCGACAAUAUGUGAUAAUAAUUAAGUAUUGCUUCAGUUACUUAUAUAAUCUUGUGAGUGCACGACACAAUCAUGCGGUUCGGAGUUAUGUUUCUAAAUAUUAUUAUUAACAAAUUCUUAUAAAUAAAUUACUUUUUUUAAAUAAUUAGUAGUGCAAUAACGUCAUCCUCGCAAUAAUGUCUAACCUACAAUUAAAUUUAAACGAUUCAUUAGACCAAAGGAUAAACGAAUUUAAAAGUGACCCGGAAAAAAUGAAGGAGGUGAAUGAAUUUUUAAAUCAACUUCUGGAGCAAGCUAGAAUCGAGGCCGAACAAAAAAUGAAUGUUAAACAUAAGAACAAAUUCGACGUCUUCAAUUUACAGAAUGGAACGCGAAGGAUUGGUGCUUGGUCAAGUAGAGCAAGAACAUCCGCCAGAACGUUCGCUAGCAGAGUGUUUACAACAAUAUGUAACUGCACGACAACAGUUCGUAACGCCACAAACGCUGCCAUUAAUCGAAAUUAGAAUCUGAGAUCUGUAUCAUUAUCUUCCUUACUGGAUUUAACGUCACCAUAAUCGUGAUUAUCCACUCAUCCUUGAAAAGACCGGGAAUUGAUACGCGUAACAGCUUUAUAGCUAUAAUAAAUUCUUCCUCUAGGUAUAGAUAUCCGUUGCACAUCCGUUUGGUUGACCAUUUGAAGCAUGUAUGUAGUACCUAGGUACCUAUGUGUGAUAAGUGUUAGAUUCGAGAUUUAACAUAUCAUUAUAAGUUUUUAAUUCAUUAUCAAACUCUGUGAUUAUUACAAAUGCAGCCCCUUUUAGUUUUUGUAGUCUCAGAAGUUCUGUAAUUUAAAUCCAUUGUUGUAAGCGUAAGGGUGUCAUCAUAGGUAGGUUUAUGGUAAAUAUUUGCUCAAAAAUGAUAACCUCGUUUCCAAGUGUUUUCAAAUCGAUACUCUCUACGUGCUAUUUUCAACAUUUAAGUAUAUUCCCUCAAACUACUACUUGACAAAUAUUGCCCAUAAACGUAUUUAGACAGCCCUGGGGCAUUAUAUUCUAAAGAAACCACGCGCACACUUAUCAUUCCAUAAUAAAGUUUUUUUUAGUAACUAAACGGCGUUCUUGUCACAUAAAUACUAAAUGAGGUUAAACUAGAUAAAAUUAUUAUACGCUUAACAAAUGUUUCUACUGAAUAUUUUUCAUAUUUUAUACUCUAUACAAAGUAAAUUCUAAAAUUUAUUUUCCGUUCCAGGGUAGUAACGUUUCAAAGAUGUGGGAUGUUUUUUACUUUGUAUUAUAAGCACUAAUUAACGUUUAUGGAUGUUUAGAGAUGAAUGUUGCAUGAUUUAUGUGAAUCACAUGUUGACAAUCAAUUUUUACUGAGGUGAGCAAUUACUAUAUAACAUCUAGACAAAAAAUUACGCCGCAAUGUAUUAUGUAAUAAAAGAAGCAUAAAAUGUUUAUGUACAAUCCACAAAUUUAAAUAACUGGAUUGAUAUGACGUACGUCAUUUUAUUGUGAUUUAUAUACUCAAAUAUAGCUGGUCUAUAAUUUGGAAUGUAUGUUCUAUGUUUAGAUACGUAAAGUGAACAAAUCAAAAUUAAACCUGAAGUGUAUUAUGUAUAUGUGAAAAACUAAUAAAGAUCAUUAAUGUAGAAAGA